AUGGGGAGGGCCGUCGCGAAGAGCCCGAAGAAGUCGCCCGCGAAGAAGACCGCGGCCGCGGCGUCGUCGAAGGGCGACGACGACGAUAAAGACGAAAAGGAGCGAUCGCUGCGCGAGAAGGUUCGCGAGCGAUUGAAAGCGAAGCAAGCCGGCGACGCGUCCAAGCGCGGGCGCGGCGACGAUAAAGAUAAAGAUAAAGACGACGACGCAGACCGCGGCUCGAAGCGAAGGAAGAAGGACGACGACGACGACGAGAGAGCCGCCGCGAAGGCGGCGGCGGAGGCGAAGGAGAAGAAGAAGGACGCGGCGGAGAUGGAGUCGCGAAAGAAACGCCUCGCGGAGUUCAAAGCGAAGCGGCAGAAGGAGAAAGAAGACGCGGAGAAGGCUGCGUCCACGGCGGCGUCGGACUCCCCCGCCCCAGACGCCGACGCCGAGGAGAGGCCGCGCGCGCGGCGGACGACGAUGGACCCGGACGACGAGCUCGGCGGGAUCGCGUCCGACGACGACGCCGGCGGCGCCGCGCCGAAGGACGACGACGACGACGACGACGACGUCGACCCGCUCGAGGCGUUCAUGGCCGCGAACGAUAGCGUGAUGGACACGGAGAGGGAGGCUGCGGAGAAGCGGCGCGCGGAGAAGGACGCCGCGGCGGCGAAGCGAAGAGAGGAAAAGGAAAAGAUCGUCGAGGCGGCGACGACGGCGGCGGAUUUCAUCGCCGUCGCUGCCGCGGCCGCGAAGGCUGCGGCGAAGGCGGUCAAGGGCGCCGACGGCAACGCCACCGAAAAAGCCACCGACGCCGCCGCGGACGACGACGACGACGAUGACGACGCGAAGUUCCCGUCCGUGGUGAGGAAGGAGGAGGACGAGGAUGUCGAUCCGCUGGACGCCUUCAUGGCGGCGAAUGAAAAGAAGGCGACGGCGCUCGCCGCCGCCGCGCUCGCGGAGCCGCCGAGACCGACGCCGAUUCCCAGGCCGACGCCGAUCGUGGGCGGGCUCCUCGUGAAGAACUCGUCGGGGUUCUUGAAGGGGCUCACGAUCAAACGUCCGGUCGGGUCUUCCGCUGCGGUGUCGAAGCUGGCGAAGAAGGCGCCCGGGGCGAAGAGCGGCCGCGGGGGGGGGAAAAGCGCCGGCGUCGUCGCGCGACGGUUCUUCGACGCGGACAGCGACGCUUCGUCUUCCUCCUCUGGCGAUUCUGAUUCCGACGCGGACGUGAAAGCGUCCUCCGACGACGACGACGAAGCUUGGGCGCGGAAGCAGAAGAGCAAGCUGUCCAAAGCGGACAAGCUCGGCCUCGCGGAUCACGCGUCGAUUGACUACGCGCCGUUUCGGAAAAACUUUUACAUCGAGUCGUACGAGAUCGCGAAGCUCACGAAAGAACAGACGAAGGAGCUCCGAGCGGAGUUAGAGGGGAUCAAGUGCCGCGGGAAGGACGUCCCGAAGCCGAUAAAGACGUGGGCGCAGGCGGGUUUGAGCAACCGCGUCAUGGAGCUCAUCCGACGAAGCGGUUUCGAAAAGCCGAUGCCGAUUCAGUGCCAGUGUCUUCCCGUCAUCAUGUCCGGGCGGGACUGCAUCGCGGUCGCGAAGACGGGGAGCGGGAAGACGCUGGGGUACAUCCUGCCGAUGUUGCGUCACAUCAAAGACCAGAGGGAGAUCGCGCAAGGGGACGGCCCGGUCGGGAUGAUCAUGGGCCCGACGCGCGAGCUGGUGACGCAAAUCGGGAAAGAUUGCAGAAAGUUUGGCCGGUGCGCCGGCAUGGUCGCCGUCAGCGUCUACGGCGGCAGCGGCGUCGCCGCGCAGAUCGGCGAGCUCAAGCGCGGGUGCGAGAUCGUCGCGUGCACGCCAGGGCGAAUGAUCGACAUCCUCACCACCGGCGCGGGGCGGAUAACCAAUCUGCGACGUGUCACGUAUUUCGUCCUCGAUGAAGCCGAUCGCAUGUUCGACAUGGGAUUCGAGCCGCAGAUCACGCGCAUCAUGAACAACCUGCGCCCGGACCGGCAGACGGUGAUGUUCAGCGCGACGUUCCCGCACGCGAUGGAGGCGCUCGCGAGGGCGGCGCUGACCAACCCGAUCGAGAUUCAAGUCGGAGGGAGAAGCGUCGUGAACUCGGACAUCGAGCAGCUCGUCGAGAUGCGUCCGGAGGAGGAUCGGUUCUUACGCGCGCUGGAGCUCCUCGGGGAGUGGUACGAGCGCGGGAAGAUCAUCAUAUUCGUCGCGUCGCAGGACAAGUGCGACAGGAUAUUCCGCGACUUGCUGAGGAGCGGGUAUCCGUGCCUGUCGCUUCACGGGGGGAAAGAGCAGACGGACCGAGAGUGCACGAUCGCCGAUUUCAAGUCCGACGUGUGCAACAUCCUCGUCGCGACGUCCGUCGCCGCGCGCGGUCUGGACGUCAAGGAUCUGCGCUUGGUGAUCAACUACGACACGCCGAACCACCUCGAGGAUUACGUCCACAGGGUCGGACGCACGGGAAGAGCGGGGAACAAGGGCACGGCGGUGACGUUCAUCUCAGAGGAAGAGGAAAAAUUCGCGCCGGAUCUCGUCAAGGCGAUGACGGACGCGAAGCAGCCGGUUCCCGCGGACUUGCGGACGAUGGCGGACGCGUACUCGAAGAAGAAGAAGGAGGGCCUCGUCGGCGGCCGGAGCAGCGGGUUCGGCGGGAGCGGCUUCAAGUUUUCGCGCGAGGAGCAAGACGCGGAGAAGGCGGCGAAGAAGGCGGCGGCGAGAGCCGCGGGAUUGGAAGUGGAAGACUUUGGAGAGAAGGACGACGACAGCGACGACGAGAGAGGGCUGUGGGACGACGACGGCGAGCCGAUCUUUGCUACGCGGGGCGGUGCGGCCGCGGCGGCGUUGGAGCAGAGCGUCGCGGCGGCGGCGGCGCGGCAACCGCCGCAGGUUUCCGUCGGCGCCGCGGGCGCGGGCGCGCCCGCGAUCGCCUCCUCCGCGACGCCGGUCAUCUCCGACGACAAGACGUCGAUCCUCGCCGCGGCCGCGAAGGCGGCCGCGGGGAAGAUCUCCUCCAGCCUCGGCGUCGCGCCGUCGGACGCGCACGCGCCGCCGCUCGCGGCGCCGUCGGCGGCGUCGUCGCAAGCGUUGACGCUCGCGCAGGCGGCGUCUGGCGCGCUCGUCGCCGGCGCGACGACCGGCGCGGCGCGAGCCGCGGCGUUCGCGGCGGCGCUCAACGCGCAGCACGCCGCGGGCGCCGGCGCCGCGAAGAGCGGGAUCGUCGCCGGGGAGAAGCACUUCGAGUCCGAGCUCGAGAUCAACGACUUCCCGCAGCAGGCGCGGUGGAAGGUGACGCACAAAGAUUCGCUGUCGCAAAUCUGCGAGUUCACGGGCGCGGCGAUCACGACGAGAGGGCAGUACUACGCCCCGGGGAAGCCGGUCCCGCCGGGGGAGAGGAAGCUGUACUUGCUCAUCGAGGGCCCCACUGAGCGGUGCGUGCAGAACGGGAAGCAAAAGCUGAAGGAGACGAUCGAGGCGGAGGUCAAUCGGCAGGCGCUCCCGGGAGGGUUCACCGUCGGGAAGUACAAGGUGUGAGACUGGUCCCCAUACGACCCCGUUCGCGUGGUGAACGCCGUUCCUUAAGGACUUGUGACGCCCCGACGCGACGAGAAGAUGAUCGACCGACCGACCGACCGACCGACCGACCGACCGACCGGCGUCGUCUCGCGGCGACGGACGAAACGGGGAGGACUACUAAACUUAGCGAUCUAAUAGAGGUUUCUCGUCUACCCGACGCGAUGAAGC